AUGAUAUAAUUUGGCCGAUUUAGGAAAUAAAACCAAGGAAGUUGAAUAAACAAAUUUUAUAGACACAUAUUAUUAGAGAAGAAGAGCGGUCAAUUUGAAGUGCCAUCUAGUGUCACUUAUCGGAGUAGAGCCACGUCACUUAAAAGAAGUCAGAAUUCCAAAAUAAUAUUGUCCCAAAAUGAAUAUUUUCAGACUUACAGGAGAUUUAUCCCAUUUAGUGGCUAUAAUUAUUCUUCUGCAAAAGAUUUGGCAUACGAGAUCAUGUGCAGGUAUAUCAGGAAAAAGUCAGAUCCUCUUUGCUAUAGUCUAUACUACAAGAUACCUUGACUUAGUGACGUCAUAUGUAUCUAUGUACAACACUGUUAUGAAAUUUGUAUUUUUGGCCACAUCGUAUGCAACUAUUUAUUUAAUCUACAUGAAAUUUAAAGCCACUUAUGACCAUAACCAUGACACGUUCAGAAUAGAGUUUCUCAUUUUACCAUCGUUUGGUUUGGCUAUGCUUAUCAAUCACGAGUUUUCAUUUAUGGAGGUCUUGUGGACUUUCAGUAUUUAUUUGGAAUCAGUGGCUAUAUUGCCGCAAUUGUUCAUGGUCAGUAAAACAGGAGAAGCAGAAAGUAUUACUUCCCACUACUUAUUCGCACUGGGAUCUUAUAGGGCCCUAUACAUUUUGAACUGGAUCUACCGCUAUGCAACUGAAACUCAUUACGAUCUCAUCGCUAUAGUAGCUGGUGUUGUGCAGACUAUAUUAUAUUGUGACUUCUUUUAUCUUUACAUUACUAAAGUACUCAAGGGAAAGAAACUACAAUUGCCCGCUUAAACCCCUCUUAUAUAAGACUUAACUGUACAAACAUUUUACUUUCAGCUAAACGGUAUUAACACAAUGAUGCCUAAUGAUCAUGUGUUUGGAUAGCAAUCAAUAUCCACAUUUUAUUUUUUGUAUAAACGUUUACCAUUUCGUCAGAAAUUUCAAUUAUAUAGGAUUAGAAUUAAAUAGUUUUUGUACAAAUUUCGUUCAUAAUAACCAGAAAAUAUAUAUUUUUGUCUUUACUUUUAAGUAUUUGUAAUUACUUUUUUCGGGGUUGUUUUACCCUAGAGGAAUUCUGGGCCCAAUGGGUUAAUCGUACUUUCGUGUUUUGUGAUUGUUUUUAGAAUUUUUUUCCAAGAAAAAACUCGCCACCAAAGCAUAUUUCGGGACAGAAAGUAACACAAUAAAAAUGUUUAAACAUAUAA